GAGGGGCUGAGGGUGGGUGGCUGGAAGUGAGCCUACCUGACCUCUGCACUUAGGCACUCCAGAAACACCUUGCCCUCCAAGUCUCCCACCUGCAAGUGAUGAUAAAGGAGAAGACCCAGAGGAGAAGGCCAUGUGAAGAAGGAAACAGAUUGAAGUUACAUGGCCACAAGCCAAGGAUUGUGGGCAGAACCAGAAGCUAGGAGAAAGACUCUGUUCCUGGAAGCGCGGGUGUUUCAAGGAUUUGCUUCUACAGUUCCUCUCUCUGCAGAAUCAGGGAAGAGUGAAAAGGAAAUGCCACCAAAUUCCAAGAAGCAAAGUCCACCAAAAAAUGUAGUGGCACCAAAGGAGAAGGGCAAGCUGCUAGCCACCCCGGCAGCAGCUGAAUUGUCUAGACACGUAUCUUCACCCCGUCCCUACCCGUCAGUCGAGAAUAAAGGCGGGGCGGUAGCUAGCCCCAGCCCCGAUGACAGCACGCUGCGCACACACCAAGGGCUUCCGAGAGUUUUGCCAAGAAAGACUUUGGUAGAGUUUCCUCAGAAAGUUCCGUCUCCACUCAGAAAACAGGCCUCCGGUUCAGAAGCUCGUCGGAAGGGCCAGAAAGUGACAGAUGCUUCGUCUUCGUCUUCGUCUUCGUCUUCGUCUUCGUCCAGCUCCUCUGAUUCAGAGUCUGACGAGGAGACUGACGCCUCAGAGGCGGGUCCUCGAGCGGUGAGCAAAGGCCCAGGAGGGUCUCGGAAACCAGAGGUCUCCCGUGCCCUUGGAGACACAGCCCUCCAAACGGCGACAUCAGCCAAAGAGAAAACCCGGCCGCAGAAGCCUCACACAGACCCCGCCUCCCCAGAGAAGCCCCGUCAGCCAAAGAAGAAAGGGCCCACCGCCAAGCUAUCAGAGGAUAGGAAAGAUACUAAACCCAAAAUCAUGGCGCCCAAAUCACAAGUACAUGAAGAGAUCGCAAGGCAAGAUAUAAAAGAAAACCAAUUGCAGAACAUACUUGGAUCAAAUGAAAUAGGUAAAGAAAGCCAAAAGCCAUUUGAAGUUAAAGGAAUCUUACCUGGCCGCACAAAAUCAGGAUUGUCUGCACAGCCGGCCAGCGGCCCCGCGCCCACCCUGGGAGAGAAGGCCACGGUGGAAGGGCAGCCGCAAGCCGCUCCUCCUGGGGCUGGAGAGACACGUCUGGGGGAGCAAGUGCCAGAGCUCCACGGGCAGGCAGCCGCCUCGCUCGGAAAAGAGCACUUGAGGCAGCAGGCAACAGGAGGGCACGUGAAGACUAGAGAAGAGAUCUCAGAAGAUCAGGCACCAAUAAGGGAUUUGAAGACAGUUCCUGCUAAGAAUAAAGAUGUUCUUGAUGAAAAGGCCACGGUGCUAAGGCUUGAGAGUGAGGUCGUGGAAGACUCCACCAUGCCUGUGGAAGUUUCCACCAUGCCAGUGGGAGUCUCCGCCAUGCCAGUGGGAUAUCCGCCAUGCCAGUGGGAGUCUCCGCCAUGCCAGUGGGAGUCCCCGCCAUGCCAGUGGGAGUCCCCGCCAUGCCAGUGGAGUACCCCCGCCAUGCCCGUGGGAGACCAGGACGGCACACAGGAGCCCGCCCUGGUGGCUGCGGAGCCGUUUGACAACAGCACCUACAAGAACCUGCAGCAUCAUGACUACACCCCCUACACCUUCCUCGACCUGAACCUCGACCUCUCCAAAUUCAGGAUGCCACAGCCCUCUUCAGGGCGCGAGUCACCACGACACUGAGAGCCCUCAGUCGGAAGAUUAAUUUACGUCGUCUUUGCUGCCGUCUUGCCUGCAAAAAUAAAAUCCACUCGAGUCACAAAUCCCUACCUGCAUAAUUGGUUUCCCUUUUACACUUUUUAUAGUGAAUGGUGAAUCAGGAACACUAUUGCUGAUUGUGUAUUCGACAUAUAUUUAGGGAUAUCUACUAUGUGCAAGGAAUUGUUAUUUAAUUAUAAGGUUAUGACUACCUGGGCAAUUCAUAAAAUUAGAGAAUUUUAAGUGCUUUUGAGCAGUGUAAUUCUAUGCUGAGCUUAGUUUUAGCAUUAAACUGAUGAACAGGUAGGUAUCAAUAAGUGUGAGAGUGACUUCUAGUUUUAUAGGCCUAGUUUUUGAUAAAUUGGAAAACAGGAGUUUUAUUAAUUUUAACUAAUUACUGCAUUGCAAAGAAGUAGUACUAAAUUAUAGCAUUUUAUUGUCAGAAAAGGAGCAAUCAUUUUGUUCACCUCUAUUAGGAAUUUGACAUAAAAUCGGGGAAUUUUUCAGUGGUGAGACAGGGAAGAGGGGAAAGUUUUGUACAGUCCAGUGACAGCUUUGCCCCCACUUGGCCAUGGGCAGACCCUGAUCUAAUUCAGCUACUCAGGGUUUCCGGGUUGGCCGGUAAUCUUCCGUCACCUGCGAUAACUUUAGCUCCGCUCACACCUUCGGGGGCGGAGAGCAGCGCAAGGCGUCUGGGCACCGGCACGCUGUGCUGUGGGGCGAGGCGCAGUCUGGGAGAAACUGCCACGUGUGGAUGAGGCCGUUGCUGCCUGAGAGCUGCAGUGAGACACUCGCAUCCGCUCAUCAGAGGCGCCGUGUUGGGGCCUAGAGUGGGAGUGUUUAGUCUGCGCGUAUGUGACAUUUCUUCAUGUUUUGCAGUGUUGUCCUCACACUCCCUUUCACGGACUUGUUCAUGAGCCCAAACUCGUAGGUUUCAUUUCAUUUGAAUUCUGGUCCUUGGCCUCUAGUCAACUUACAGCACACUCAACAGAGUGUAUUUGUAACUUAUGAUUCAUAUUUUUAUGAUCCUACAUUUCUUCAAAUUAGUCCAAGAAAGAAUACCAAAAUUGGAAACUAGUAUUGUGAUCAUCUGCCUCAGAUUUUGUUGCCACCCAAGAGACUUAGCAACUCAGCGAGAUGAUUCUGAGCACAUUUUUUUAUUGUAAAAGUAAUAAAACCACAUUAACAGAAAGAAAGAAAAUAGAAAAUCUUAUAUCUAAAAUCCACUGUGCUGACCCAGCCAUUAUUGACAUUUUACAUGUUUCCCCAGUGGCGGUGGUUUUGGUUAGAUGUGGCCAUUUUAUGUGUGUGCAGUUUUCUAUCCUGUUUGGAUUUUUUUGUUUUAUAUCAUUUAAUUGCUGCUUAACCCGGGGUCUGUGGAGCCCCUGUGAUGUGUGUGAUGCACCGGGGGUGGGAAGCCUGGACUGUGCUGGUGUCUCGGAGUUGAGGUUCUUUUGAUAUUAAAGUGAGUAUGAAUGUA